AUGAGGAAGUCCAUACCAUCAUGGACGACAGGAAGAAUCCCUGGUGGGGUACUCGUAUGGCGAUCUGUCCACCAGGAGUUGGACCACGACGCCACCACCGUAAUGAGCCGCCGGAGGUCGCGGCCCCUGGGCAUCGAUGUUGCCGCCGCCCUGGGCCGCCAGAGUUUCCUGCGUUCGCUGCUGAUGAGCCGCCCCCCACAGCUCAAAUCCAAGGACAUUUAUAGCAUUGAAGAAGAUUCACCUCACCUGUUCCAGCUCCGUCACCCCCACCACUCACUCAACCUCCGCCAGUUCAUUUCUUCUCCUGCCGCCAAUGUCAGCCCGUCUCCAACCGCCGCCGUAUGCCUGUCUUCUGUCGCCACAGUUCCCCUGGCUCUGGGAGUCCGGGUUAACAAAAUAGCCCCUGAUCGUCAAGCGGCACGGCUAGUGGUGUGGCCCGCUUCAGAGUUUCCUGCGUCCACUGCUGACGAGCAGCCGCCCGCUCCAGAGAUUCCUGCGUCCACUGCUGACGAGCAGCCGCCCGCUCCAGAGAUUCCUGCUUUCGCUGCUGACAAGCAGCCGCCCUCUCCAGAGAUUCCUGCGUUCGCUGCUGGUGUGCAGCUCCCCGAGACUGCUAGUGCUCCUCCCGAGACUGCAAGUGCUCCUCCUGAGACUUCUAGUGCUCCUCCCGAGACUUCAGCCGGCCGUCCUGCCGGCCCGCCAGGACCAGCGGCACCUCCAGUGUCUGCUCCGUCCGAGCUCCCAGCGUCUGCAGCAGCCGGCGCUCCGCCCGGCCCUCCAGAGCCUGCAGCAGUCGGCGCUCCGCCCGGCCAACCGCGGCUCAAGCUCUCCCUCCUGCAUCGCCGCCCACCGCGGCUCAAGCUCUGCCUCCUGCGUCGCCGCCCACCGCAGCACAAGCUCUUCCUCCUGCGUCGCCGCCCACCGCGGCUCAAGCUCCGCCUCCUGCGUCGCCGCCCACCGGACCUCCCACGAGAGGUCCACCUCCUGUGCCGUGGUCGGCCCCCGGAAGGUUUUUCUGUUUGA